CCUGUCCGAGAUGGAAACAGGCAUUUCGCCAGGUGCUCAAAGAAGUAGGUAUGUUCCGUCUUCCGCAUGUUAAAAACAUCUAGAAUAAUGGCACAACAGGAAGUAAAAGAAAAAGCAGGAAGAAUGCAGUGACUGUGGAUCUGUAUGGGCAUUGAGCUCUUGUGCUUGUGAGAUCUUCCACUGAAGUUGUCUUCUGUGGUGGAUGUCGCCAUACUCCACCAACUUGAAUAGUCGUUGGCUGUAAGUGAGACAGGGGGGCCUUACCACCAACUGACUUCAUUAAGGAUAAGAGCCAGCCAUGGAUAGCCUAUAUGGCAGCAGUGUGGACUCACAUGCAACCCACAGGGAUGUGGGGUCUCUCUCUGGGCGAGUUGAGCCCUACGAUGCCAGUGAAAAGAAGGGUAUCUCUGAUGUCAGAAGGACUUUCUGCCUGUUUGUCACCUUUGACCUCCUAUUCAUCACCUUGCUGUGGAUCAUAGAGCUCAAUGUGAAUGGGGGCAUUGAACAACAGUUGGAUAAGGAGGUUUUACACUAUGACUACCAUGCCUCCUUCUUUGACAUAUUUCUCCUGGCUGUAUUCAGGUUUGCAGCUCUUAUCCUGGCCUAUGCUGUUUGUAAACUGCGUCACUGGUGGGCUAUAGCGAUUACAACAGCAGCCACCAGUGGUUUCCUGAUAGCAAAAGUCAUUUUAUCAAAGCUCCUGUCCCAGGGGGCGUUUGGGUACCUCCUGCCCAUCAUGUCCUUUGUCCUGGCAUGGCUGGAGACCUGGCUGCUGGACUUCAAGGUCCUGCCUCAGGAGGCUGAGGAGGAAAACAGAUAUCUCUGUAUAAGGGAUGCCCCAGAGAGGGCUCCCCUGAUGCACCCUGGACCACUAUCAGACGGGCAGUUUUAUUCACCACCUGAGUCUGUAGCAGACUCUGAUGAGGAGCUCGAUGAUAAACAUGACCCUGAUGAUGCAGAGAAGGGCCUCAUUUAGCAGACCAGUCUGAUGAUGAUGAGGAGUCUCUGGGGGGUCUCUCCCCAUGGUCCUGAUCGCCGCAGUAAGAAUGAACGGCUGUUUAUGUCAUGCUCUACCUCGGAUAAUCUCUCUAGCUUUGUGGUUGGAUUCAUUUGUGUCGUCUUAUGAAAAUGACAAACUUUUCUUAAGUCUUAACCUGCAAUAAACAAAUCCAUGCUUUGAAUCCAUGUGUAUUUCCAGUCUAAGACCACAUCAGACCCUGUGAGUGUGCUGCACCAGCUGCUGUUGGGUUGCAGUGUCAAGGAUUUUACAAGGUCGUAUUCAAUAGUAUUUAUUGCUACUUUUGUAGCAUGGCACUAUAUUUCUACAGUAAAUUAUGAUAAAUAGAAGUUGAUUUAAAGGCCAAAAAGUUAACCUACAUUGUGAAUAAUCUCUGAUACAAUGCAUUCUAUUCUACAUAGAUGUGAAUAUGCAGUGUAUUUGUUUUUGAAAGGGACUGGAAUUUACAGUACGAAAUGAGUUACCACUCUGUUUGCAUACCAAUGAAAUAAUUCAAAAUCUUUAUUGACUCAUGACAAUGUUCCAGAUGACUGUGUGACAAAAGAAACAACCAUUUGUGACAUUAUGUAAACCUUGUUUCCCAAUGUCACCAGUCUCCCAAGACACGUCUUCCCAGACGUUGCUCUUCCAUACAGUACAUUUCAUCAAACACAUCAUGUGGCCUACAUUUCCAAAACAUCAACUAUUAGUCAAACAUCAGACCUCUUUAUCCAGCAUGAUCGUGUCACAUUUGGGAAGAGAGGGGUAAUGACAUUUUGAGUGGAAUCGGGCAAAAUCAAAAUGUUAUAAUUUAAAUAAAACACUAUACAUAUAAAA